AUUCGUAUCUGAUGUUUGUAUUGUUCAGACUGGGGAUACCUAUUAACGAAUGCAAGUGAGAGUUCCAUCGGUAAAUUUAAUCACAAAGUUUUGGUCUGAAGCAAAGUCUAAACUACAAGUGCUUUUUGUUUCCUUCUAACAUCGAUGGGUUAUGGGAAAUUAUUUUCUUAACUGUGUUAUGUCUUUACAUCUGGCAUUACUAUUUGUCACAACCCGAUUGGUAGGCCUACUUUUCCGGUUUCGAGGUUACCUGAAAUAAAGGGAACGCCUUAAAACUAAGGUACUCUAGUGUCCCAAGCUGAAAUCAACUCUUGCUUCUCAACAAGGUGCAGCGGACUCUCUGUCAGUGUUGACUGUUAAAACGCGAGCCGUUUCUUUUCAAAAUAGAAAUUAAGAUCUUAGCUGAUGAGAAAUGGAGAGCUUCAAGAAAACCAAUCUCCUACCAAUAGUUUGCAUCAUCCUCCUUCUCACAGGACAAGGUGCUGAUGCAUUUUUGGUGCCAGUAAUCGGUGGUAUCAUCGGGGUCGGUGCUGCAACGGUUGCUCUACCCGCAGCCCUCGGGGUGGCAGGAUUCACCGCAGUGGGGAUAACGGCUGGGUCGAUGGCCGCAAGUAUGAUGUCAGCAUCAGCAAUAGCAUCGGGCGGAGGGGUUGCCGCAGGGAGUGUAGUAGCGGUGUGUCAGUCAGUUGGAGCCGCUGGAUUGUCAUCAGGUGCCAUUGCGGCAGCGGGCGGUGCCGGUGCCGCAAUUGGCAAUGCUGUUGGUCCUUAAACAACCAGUAGGCCUAAUUAUCUAAACUAAAGCAGUAUGAAAAGGAUGAGGUCCUCUUAGAGAUCAAUAUAUAACAACGUUAUUAUUCUAAGGACAUAUACACAUGUGUAUCAGUUAAGACAUUCUUGGUAUUAAACCCUAUAUCUAAAUAGUGUUGGAAAAUAAAUGCAGGCAUUUUUUGGCGAUAGCUCAUCAUAUGAUUCAUUAGAUCUACAUGUAUUUCAUUUUAUUCAUAUACCUACGAAAUGAACCACAACCUGCUAACAUUAAACGAUUUUAAGUAAUUACAAAAAUCAGCUAAUGUUAACAGAGAUUACUGGUCAAACCACCAUCCCAACUAGUUCUUGUUAUGAUUUAUUGCAUAGGCUUCUUUCUUCAAUUCCAUUCCAGCAAGUUCACAAGUUAGCUCAUGAUCAACUAAUCUCAACUGACCUUUGUGAUUUUUCUUAAGGGUGAGCACUAACAUCUCUUUAAGGCAAAACAUUCAAAUUCUAAGAACGGAAAACGAGACUGUUUUUGGGACAUUUGACUAAUAGUUUGGGCUACUGUCAUAUACCAGUGAUUAUGAAGAAUUUGGGUCUUCCACACGUGAAUCUUGAAUCAUCAUUGUAAUGAUGAUUGCUAUUGUAAUCG